ACUACUACGAUUAAGUAAAGAGCGGAGUGCAAAUGGCGCUGGGACUCUUUCCAGCCUAUGUUUAUAUGACAAAAAUAGAAAGCAUUAUAGUGGAAAAUUAAUUUGAUCGAUGAUUUUCGCAAUUAAAAUUUUAUUUCUUUUACGUGCCAAAAGAUGAAGAAAAUCUAAAAGCUUGGAAAAAGCCAUCCCAAGGGAAAAUUUUGUAAUAAAACCUAGGCAUGGCAUGUGCAAGAGAAAUUAAAAAAAAAAGAAGAUAUUUUGUGGGAGCGAAAAACGUUUGCAGAUGAUGGAGUCACUGUUCUGGGAGUGGCAAAUGCUAAAUUCGAUGAAUUGGAUAUCAGCAACUUUCGCAGUUCUUACUUCCUUGCUACUUUUAUGGGGAAUUGUCAUUAAAAUAAAUCCUGCUUUCAUUCCAAGCUUACCAAUUAUGCUUAUAUUACGGUUUUGUUCUUUGUGCCUGGGUAGUCUUUUGCUAUAUGCAGCGUCUGCAGUAUUUUAUAGGGUAUUCACAUUUAACAACUGUGAAAGUGCUGCUCUUGAACUGAGAAAGCAAAUAGAAGGUGCAAAGUCGGAUUUAAUCAGCAAAGGUAUAAAAUUCAAGGAAAAAUAAUCUAAGCUUAAAAGACAAUGUAUAAUCCAAUCAUCAGUAUACACUUUUAGUCUGUGCAA